AACUUGCACCGGACCCUAUUACAACGUAAAUCUCGAAAUUCUCAGAAGUUACAACCUUGAAACGUGUUCACUUUUAUGAAAAUGAAACUAUCAUGCCAGACAAUAAAAAACUCCGGAAGGUGCAAACGGCAUCGAAAACUUGUUAUUCUACUCGAGCUUCUAAAAGAUCAUCUGGAUCCAGUGCACAUCCUGAAUACCGAGCUAAACAGAUGGACAGAGAGAAGAAAAGGUUGAUAUUUCAAACGAUGGAAUUUUUGCUUACUGGAUUUUCUCCACAAAAGGAAAAGGAAAUUGAGUGCCUCGUUCGAAAAUAUGGUGGCAUAGUUAUUUCUCAACUUCCGUUCAUAUACUUGAAGGGAAAGAGAAGUUCUAGGUCAAAGUCUCCGGUCCUUCCUGUUGUUUUGUGUUUGAAGAAGACACAAUCAUUCAAGUUCUUGUAUGGAUGUGCAGUGAAUGCCUACGUUCUUAAAGUGAAUUGGCUUAUUGAUUCAAUUGCUGCUGGUUUCGUCUUGCCACCAAAAGAAUACAUGAUCCUGCCCAUAAAUAAUGGCGGAAGGGACGACCAGGUUUAUACGGCUAUAAACUACAACAUUCAUUCUCUCGUUUUUAACAAGUUGGGCAUCAUGCUUCAUGGAAAAACCAAAUAUGUGACAAAUAUCGCAACCAUUAUCAAGCAUGGUGGUGGGCAGGUUUUCAAAACCUUGCAAAGAUUGGUCCAGGCUCUUGAAGCUGGAAGAAUUUCAAAGGGUGUAGUUGUCGCUGACGAGGGAAGUUGUGCUUCUCGUCACUUGAAGCACUGUACCUUGGAGCAGAAUAUACCCAUGACACCAGUUUCCUGGAUUAUAAAGAGCUUAUAUGCUGGACAGCUUAUUCCUUUGGAGACGAAAAAGAUUCCCCGAUAUCCGCCACUGCCAGCCAUUAAACUUCAAAGACGCCAAGAUUCAGUUGAACUAAGUCAAGAAAUAUGAAUCCCGGCAUAACAUGCUUCUGUAAGUACUUGAAAUGUUCUGCUAUGCAAUUAGAAAUUAAACACAUGUGUUGAAGCCAAGUUCAUAUCUAUCCCUUGAAGAAUUGUUUCCUUAUUCUGAUUUUUUUUUCAUCUCUAUAUAAAAUAGUGGGCUCAUUCAAUAAUAUUAAUAC